AUGGAGAAAGUUAAAGUGUUUAAAGAGAGAUUGAAACAGACACAGAGUUGCCAAAAGUCCUACACAUAUGUUAGGAGAAGGCCGUUAGAAUUUGAGGUGGAUGAUUGGUUGUAUCUGAAAGUGUCACCCAUGGAGGUGGUUAUGAGGUUUGUUAAGAAGGAAAAACUUAGUCCCCGGUAUAUUGGUCCUUACAGAAUUUCCAAGAGAGUUGGAAAUGUAGCAUAUGAGUUGGAGUUACCCAAAGAGUUAGAAGAAGUUCAUUCGGUAUUCCAUGUGUCUAUGUCGAAGAAAUGCUUGGGUGAUACUUUAUUGAUUGUACCAACUGAGAAUGUUGGGAUUAAGCAUAAGUUAUCCUAUGAGGAGAUUCUGGUUCAUGUUUUUGAUCAUCAACUUUGCAAGUUGAUAACAAAGGAAGUGGCAUGGAUUAAAGGGAAUAUCCAUGGAAGUUUGGGAGGUUUUGAGUGGAAAAUUGGAGAAGAAAAAUCAGAAAACCCGUCUGAAAGGCCUUGGGGCGCCGCUCCUAGAAGAGACCCUAAAAACAGACUCUAUCCAUCAAGAUCUGAGCCGCCACGCCAGACAGAGUGA